AUGCGGCGCGCAAUGUUCCUUUACAGAUUGCCGCCCAUGCCUUUCGACUUCGUGAUGGAGGAAAGAAAUCGUCGGGAUGUAAGAGGCUGGUUCAAGCGUUUUCAAUCUGGAAAUUUUAACGUCAAAGAUGCACCUCGCUCUGGUCGACCGAUCACUGAAAAAGUCGAUGAAAUUAUGGAAAUAAUUGAACAAGACCGGCAUAUUAGCAGUCACGAAAUCGGUAAGCAACUGAACAUCGACCACAAAACAGUUUUAAACCAUUUGCAGAAAGCUGGAUACAAAAAAAAGCUCGAUGUUUGGGUGCCACAUGAUUUAACAGUCAAAAAUUUAAUGGAUCGAUUUUCUAUCUGCGAAUCAUUGUUAAAACGAAACGACAUCGAACCAUUUUUGAAACGGCUCAUAAUAGGCGAUGAAAAAUGGAUCACGUAUGACAAUAAUGUACGAAAAAGAUCGUGGACAAAGCGAAAUGAAGUUCCGCAAACUGUGACAAAGCCAAAAUUGACGCCAAGAAAAGUGAUGCUGAGUGUGUGGUGGGAUUACAAAGGAAUCGUUCACUACGAGCUGCUGCCGUCCGGUCAAACAAUUGAUUCUAACCUUUACUGUCAACAACUGGAAAGAUUACGCCAGGCAAUUGAGAAAACGCGACCAGAAUUGAUCAAUAGGAAAGGCGUCGUCUUUCAUCACGACAACGCGAGACCUCAUGUAUCUAUAGCGACUCGUCAAAAAUUAAGAGAACUUGGCUGGGAAGUUUUGAUGCACCCACCUUAUAGUCCUGACCUUGCACCAUCAGACUACCAUUUAUUUCGAUCUCUACAGAACUCUCUUAAUGGUACAAAGUUGGCUUCAAGAGAGGCCUGUGAAAAUCACUUGUCACAGUUUUUCGCCCAGAAAUCACACAAGUUCUACAGUGACGGGAUUAUGGUUUUACCUCAAAGAUGGCAAAAGGUGGUCGAACAAAAUGGCACAUAUUUAAUUUCAUAA